AUGCAAUUCGAAGAUACUAAAUCUGGUUGGUUGACAAAACUUGGUGGAAAUGCUUUAAGAAAAACCUGGAAACGUCGUUGGUUUGUAUUAAGGGGAAAUUCUUUAUUCUAUUAUCGGCAAAAGGAUAAUCCAGAACCUGCUGGCGUAAUUAACCUUUCAACAUAUAAUUCUGUAAGCCAAGAUUCGUCAGCCACUAAAAAAUCUUCAUAUUGUAUUCGCAUUGAAAAAAUUAUUCGAGAAAAUGAUUCAGUUCAUUCAACACUUAGUUAUAAUUCACGUUCUAUAAAAAAAUCUACUGCAUUUCUCGUUUUCGCUGAUACUGAAUCUGAAAUGCAAGAAUGGAUUUCAGCUUUUGAAAAACGUUUGGGUGGUCGAAAUAUUGUUGAUAUAGUUUUGGAUAGAUUAGAACUUUCUGGUGGUAUGCACCGUAGACAAGCUAGUUAUAGCUCUUUAAGUUCAUUUUAUUCUAGAAAUAGUGGUUUUGGUUCUUCAACUGGUUCCACUUCUGCUUCAACUUUCUCAUCUCGACGUCCUUCGUUGGAAUCUUUGAGUUUGGAUACUCCACCUUCUAUAAAUUCAAGAAAGAGUUCUAUCGAUUCAUUUAAUGGUGUUCAACAUACACCAUCAAAUUUAGUAGCAAUGUUUGGAUUAGGUCAACCUAUUCUUCGUAAACCUGCUUCAUGUUCUGGUUUACAAGAUAAAAAAACGAAUAAUACAGGUGGAGGAAGCACUUCUAUACCUCAUAAUACACACGUUCGUAAACUUUCACUCACGUUCAAUAAAGAACCUGUACGUGCACAAACCGCUCCAUUAAUAAUGGUUCACGGAGAAAAUACGAAAGUCACUUCAUCACUUGAUACAAUAUAUUUUCCAAAUAAUCAUAGUAAUCAUGUAAUUAAAAGUAGUCCAUUAGGUAGAAAAAAGGCUACCUAUCUUGAUCAAUCUAAAGAGAUCACCCCAUCUUCACCAAUUACUCCACUCGCAAAUGUAUUUCCUAGUCAUUUGAACUAG